AUGCAGAUACCAUGGGGUCUGGGGGAUGCACAGCAAUGCAAGGACAUGACGUGGUACCUCGACCAAGUGAUUCACUCCGCGUCAAACGCAUUGGCCGGCGAGUGCAGGCAAGCAAGCAUGGGGCUUGCAAAAGCUAAACUGUUCUCUUCAUCAACCGUCAAACAAACACGGCUGUGCCUUGAGCUCAUAAUAAGAGCCGAGCCCUGGGCUGAAUCACAUCGGCAAUCUCCUCUCUUCAUUCUUCUCAAGGAAAGACCUCCUCUUGCAUAUCUCUUCCGGGUGUUCGUUGCGUCUAUGGAACGUACACAUCACCCUUGGGCUUGCAUCAGUACGGUCUUUGACCUGCUCUUUGCCUGUCCUCGUCUGGAAACCCGAAUCACUCUGAUUAUCCCACCCAUGCUCGAAGCCUUACAAAUCCAUCCCCAACACAAGAAUACCUGGCUUUGUUCAAAGCUCUCGACUCUCGGAACUUUGUCCCGCAGACCCAUAUCACAUCUUGCAGUAAUGUCAAAAAACGCCGAUUGUGGUGACGAUGGUGAUGAUUACAACUCUAGUUGCUGUAUCGGAUGUUGCCGUGCUGGUGACUUUGGCACACAUGAUGGAUGCGGCCCCUGCUACUGCCGCCGCUCUUUCAAACAGGACCACGACCGUACGAUCUACACUGGCUGGAGUCUGGGCCAGUACUACCCCGGAGAGAAGGGACACGGGGGUCCAUCACCCAUCACUGGGGAGGAUAAACCCAUGUCAUUCGAGAACAGGUUGGGGGGAAUGAAACAGGCAUCUGAACAGCAAGCUCAGAAGUCGGGCGAAAACAAGGAGGUCAUCAAAAACGAAACUGACAAGUCCAUCAAGACUUCGAAGACUUCCCCCAAGAAAAUCAACAAAUAA